AUUUAUCCUGGAAGUCUCUUUUGAUGAUCCGUAUGUUCUAAAGGAGUAUGUGAAUAGAAAUGAAACAAAAUAUACCCUCCUCGUUAACUACACUAUAAGCGUGGGUCCGGAGAUGACACUCUAUUAUCAUUCUGCAGAGGUGGAGUGUGUGAUUGCUGAUAUCGAACUACCAGAAGCAGUUGGUUACUGUGAUGAAGAAAACCUGUAUCUAGCCAUCCCUCUUUUUGGCUUGCACCAGUAUUGGGACCUGUAUCUUGGUAACAAGCUCCUGAACCGGCACGUUGCACUUACCAAUGGGUAUCUGGCAGCUACCAAUUCUACCCACCUGAUCUUGCAAAUACCUCUGUUUGCUGUGGGAGUUAUCUAUGAGGAAGUGUCCUUUCAGAAAAUUAAAGCAAGGUUUGAUGUUGCCCUAAGGAAAGUGAGAACUAUGGAGACCUUACAGAUGUUCUCCGUUAGCUGCAGUUUUAAUUCUUCAGCAUUUAUAAUAUGCCACCCAGAUGGUACCAUAAUGAUAUCUGCCCAAAUGAAGACCGUUCCUGCCAUUGAUAUGAGUAAAACCAAACUAAGGGAUAGCUCUUGCAAGCCUAGAGAGUAUAAUGAAGGACAUGCCUUCUUCAGGUUCCAUGUCACUACCUGUGGCACUUCAGUAAGGUUUGAAGGUGAUCACAUUAUUUAUGAAAAUGAAAUCUCCUAUGAGAAAGAGACUCUUCCAGGACAGAGCAUACCGACAAUCACAAGAGAUCCAGACUACAGACUAACAGUCUUGUGCUACUAUCGAGCAAAAGAGACCCUAGUGCUAGGUGCCUUCGCUAGUGAUCCAUCCACAUCACCUCCCUUUGGCUCUGGUACGAUGGUACCAAGAUCAAAUAUUGCAGUACACAGAAGGAUAAGACAAGCCCUGAAUGUAGUUUCAAGAGUGUCCAAAGAUGAAUCUUUCGUGGAAUUCUACGAGCCCAACAUGGCAAUACUCAAGCGAUUUGUGGAGCCUGUGUUUCUUGAGGUGGAGCUGAAAGACGAGAGCCCCAACACUGAGUUAUACCUGGAAAACUGCUGGGUAACCAGGUCUCUAGAUUUCAACAGCACCCCAAGAUGGAACAUCACUGUCGAUGGGCAAGUAGUUAUUGAAUGA